CCCCUUCUCUCCCAGCGAUUUGGGCUAGUCCGGACCCGCCCCUCUGGAAAGAUGGCGGCGCCCGGAGGAGCCGAGGCUACAUGGAACCGCUUAGUGGUCCCUUGGCCCGCCUGCAGCGCUGCCGUAGCCGUGCCGGCCCAGCACGUCGCAGUGAGCCACUUUUCAGCCGUUAAAAAGGAGUGUCAUCAUGCCGUCAACGCUCUAACUAAGAAAGCUGUGAUUGCAGAACAGAGCCUCCUGCAUUCCAUCCUUUAUUCCUUUCGCUACCAGAUGAGUCGUCAUAGGCCAUACCAGUCUCUCAAACAGGUGGAACAAUGCUUGAAGCGUUUAAAUCUAAUGAAUCUGGAGAAGCCAAUUCAAGAUCUUAUUAAUUUGGACUCCAGGAACCAGAAAUCUGAAAAUCCAGCAGAAUCUUUGAUUCCCAGCCAGCCUGUGAUAGAAGUGGUGCUAGUAAAGAUACUGGGUGGUUGCAAACUUGUUCUGCGUUUACUAGAGUGCUGUUGCACAUCAUUUCUUUUGUCUGUUAAGCACCUGCAUUUAGAAGAGUACAUACUGUUGAAUACUCUGGUGUUGGGGUUGCUGAGCCGAUUAUGGAUUCUUUUUAGAGGCCUGUUAAAAACUCUGAGUUCCUUAUAUAAGAGUUUACUUGAAUUGCUUCAGAAGGUUUCAGAGAUACAACCAAGGCCUUAUAUUAAAGGAUUUGCUUUUCCUUCUGACAUAAAUGAAUUUCUGGGAACCCCUGCUUCGGAGAUUAAGAAGAAAAUGCCUAGAGGAUUUGUAAUCAAACAAGCUGGAAGUGGAUGGAUGAACCGAUUGUUCACGGUUAGGAAGACUGCACCUCAGUCUCUGGCUUUGACUGCAGCAGCUCCUGCAAGAGUGAGAAAGAAGAUGAGGAGUUCCCAGAACACGCUGGAUAUUGGGACACCAGUUCUGGUCAAGAGAACUGACCAAGUUCUUGGAAAGGAGCUGAAGUUUGACAUCAAGGCUUUAUGCAAGUACCCUAAUUCUGCCUUACAGAAUGUCAAAUUCAGAGUAGAAUCUCCUGAAUCAAAAAGGAGGCCCACUUCUAACUCACUGAGGUGUCAACAGCUUAAACCUUUUGUGUCCAAAUUUCAAGAGGCAAGCUCCUUUGAAGAAUUGACAGACACACUGAAAACAACAAUUCUCUGGUGCAAAACUAACAAACUUGGACCAGAAGCUUUCUUCUUGGGAAUGAAGCUUCUUAAAAGUAGGCGGCUGCAGCAUGUGGAAGCACAGGGUUGCAGAUUGCGGAGAAAACUUGGCUGUAUGAAAGCUACUCUUUGUAAAUAUCUCACACUUUCAAACUGCAUAAGGAGACCAAACAAAAUGCUCAGAGCAUAUUGGUUUCUACGAAAGCAUCACAAACUAUUGAAGCAGCCAAGAUGUGUUUCAAAGAGAACACCAACAAACACUCCUGUAUUUGCCAAGGGUCAGUGGUCUAAUUCCUUGCCUCAAGUGUUGACUGAUGCCACUGGAAGCAGGACUGAAACUACUGAAGAACAAGGCCUUGUGGCAGUAGAAAGAAAUUCUACACAUAUACAGAGGAACAAAGCUGAGAAUAAAGAUGAUAUUGAUGAUAUUUUUAAAAUAAUAGGUCUAUAAUACAUUUUAUUAAACUAACUUCUAACUAGUCCCAUUUUUCUUUGUAUACUUUAAUUAAAAACAAGUUUUUGAUAAAUAUGAGCAGAUGAAAGUAACUGUUGCUGUUCUUGCUUUUUAUGUUUUGGUUAAGUAUUAUAUUGUAAAUUUUGAAAACUACAUCAAGGAUGGCGGUGUGGAGAGAAUAAAGGACUAGGACGCAGAA